GUUCUGUGGGACAGUAGAGUAGUGGGGCAGUGUUGUAGUUAGUAGAGAGCAGCUGAAGUGAGCUGUUCCCUUUGCUUCCUACCUUGUUGUUUCUAUUUUUUGCGAAAAGGAAACUCGCCAUGGCUGCGAGAAACUAAACAGCUUCUCUGAAUUGUUGGAAACCCGAGGAAGUCAUCACAGUGAUGCUCGUUUGGGCCGAGAAGUGAAGCGUAUUCCAGCCGACUAAUAGCACCAAGCCCGAAGAGAUGGCCCUCAGCAUGAACUGCCAUUACUGGACCGGCUGUGGACAGGGAUGCGUGUUGUGAUGGUGAUCAUUUACAAGAAAACAGUGGAAAAAAAGGGCGGCGACGAUGUAACAGCAACACGUACGGACUUGGGCACGGCGCCGACCAUGAGCCAGGGAGCAGCACUUUUUUCUUGUGGACUCAUGGAGACGAGCCGAUGGCGUGAGGUGGGGACCAGCUGCGCCUUGCAGCAGCGGCCUGUCGGAACCAGCCUGGAGAGCCUGUGGGACGUCCUGCCCGACGUGCACAGGACUUCUGCCCACUGGGGCUGGGAUGUGGGCUCCACCUCCAGCACCAUCUCCAGCCUGCUGCAGGACCUGAGCCUGACCGAGGCCUCGCACUCCACCGCGCCCCCCAGCAAGCGCCAGUGCCGGUCCCUGUCCUGCUCUGACGAGCUGAGCAGCUGCCGCUCCACCUGGCGCCCUCAGGGCUCCCGCGUGUGGACUUCGGUGGAGAAGAGGAGGUGCCACAGUGGGGGCAGCGUUCAGCGCGGCGGCGGCCUCGCGAACACGCAGCUCUGCUUUCCGGCCAUGCAGCGCAGCUCCAGCUUCAGCCUGCCUGCCCGCUCCAACGGCCAGGAGCAGCCCUGCUUCCCCCAGCUGUCGUCCAGACCUUCCGCCUUCUCUGGCCCAACUCCCAACUCCACCGAUCCGUCUGCCCAGGCCCUCUACCUCUCCCAUGAACAAAUCUGCCUCCCUGAGGCGGAGGAAUCCUCACCGGCGAGCUCGCCAGACUCCACUCCAGAACUCGAGCGUCGCAGUGGGGAAGGUGGCCUUGCCCGGAGUCGCUCCCAGCCGUGUGUCUUAAACGACAAAAAGAUUGGUGUGAAACGCAGGCGGCCGGCAGACUCUCAGAAACAGAGGCCUUCCCUGGAUCUGGCAAAGAUGACUCAGAAACUUCGGAAUUUCCACAGCCUCAGCUGCCCUGGGAUCACAAGCGACGACCCGCUAAAGUCCGGCCCGGCGGCCCGCUCUCUCAGGCCCAACGCCGACGACCUGUCCGACAACGAGGACGGCUCGGAGCUCAACGGGAACGAGUCGUCCGACGCCGACUGGAACCCCAGGGGCCGCGGCGACAACACGGUGGCGGGAACGACCGGAGGGAAGGACGGCGAGACCCUGUGGGUGGGGCUGUGCAGCAUGACGAGGGACAUGUACCAGCUGGGAGGAGAGCUCGACAUCGAGCAGAUUGAGAGGAACUGAGUUGAGCUGCUUUUUCCUCCUCCGGCGGGGAAGCUAAUCACGGGACUGGAAGUUUAUCACCAGGUGGUACAAUAAACAGUGCUGAUAGUCUUAAGGACAAAGCAAGAGGGGAGCUCAUGCAGAGAGCAUUCCAGGGCUUCUUUUUUUUUUUUUUUCCUUCUUCUUAAGGAGAGACUGAACAGGAGUUUUGUGCUUUAAAUGUCCAUGUUUGGGGACUUUGUGUUGUUAGAGGCGAGCCCCCCACCCCCAUUCCCACUGUGCGGUGUCUCAGGAUAAAACGGAAGUCAGGGAAGAAGGAUCUGAGUUGAAAUAAGAAAAAACAAAAAACAAAAUAGAUACUCUGACAUCACUCUAACCCUGAAUAGCCUACUUGUGCUUUGUUUGGAGAGAAUUCACAGCAGGUUUGUAUAAAUUCUCUGCACUAGAAAGAGUGUCUUUAUUUUUCCUCUGACGUUCCUCACUAGCACAUAGGUACAUGAUGGGGACGAAUGAACACCACUUAUCGAGCUACUGUUGAAGCUCUGUUCACUCUUUGCUGAGCAGCAAGCAGCACAAAACGCCUAUAAAGUAUCCGGAUGCUUCAUGUUUUACUGAGUAACUUCAGGCUCAACUCUGAGAUCUGAGCUCCCGAAUGUCUGGAAGACGCUUUGAGAUGCUAACUGUGUUAAUGUUCUUUCUUUCUUAUGAUUUGUAACUACAAAGUUAUGUAAAACACGAACAUAAUUUCUAUAAAAAAAAUAAAAAUAAACACAGGUUUGAAAGUGUAA